AUGGUGAACAAGAUCAAAGCUUUAGACCUAUCCGUGGUCAAUAGGAUUGCUGCCGGUGAGAUCAUUAUUUCACCGAUGAAUGCUCUAAAAGAAAUGAUAGAAAACUCUAUUGAUGCAAAGGCAACAUCCAUAGACGUCUUAGUAAAAGAAGGUGGUAUUAAACUACUACAAAUAACUGAUAAUGGAUCAGGGAUUGAGAAAGAUGAUUUACCCAUAUUAUGUGAAAGAUUCACUACUUCAAAAUUAGAAAAAUUCGAUGAUCUACAAAAUAUUCAAACUUAUGGAUUUAGAGGUGAAGCAUUAGCGAGUAUCUCCCAUAUUGCCAGAGUCACUGUGACGACUAAGACGAAAAACGAUAAAUGUGCAUGGAAAGUAUCAUAUUCUGAAGGUAAGAUGUUAAAUGAACCUAAACCUAUUGCAGGGAAGGAUGGGACUACUAUCUUAGUGGAAGAUCUUUUUUAUAAUGUGCCGUCAAGAUUAAGAAGUUUGAAAUCGUCAACUGAAGAACAUAAUAAAAUCGUUGAUGUAACAAGUCGAUAUGCUAUCCAUUCCAAGAGUAUAUCAUUUUCUUGUAAAAAGUUCGGUGACUCUCAUUAUGCAUUAUCGAUACCAGCUAAUUUUUCUACUGAGGAUAGGAUUAGACAAAUCUAUGGCGCCCAAGUUUCUUCGCAUAUUAUACCAUUUACAUCGGACCCUAUGAAUGAUUUAAACGUUAUAUCAGUGGAAGGUCUAUUAAGUUCGAUAACGUUCAACUUUAAAAAACCAAUACGACCAAUCUUUUUCAUCAACAAUAGGCUAAUUACAUGCGAACCCUUACGAAGAUCAUUAAAUGCUAUAUACAACAAUUUCCUGCCGAAAGGUAUCAGACCAUUUAUUUACCUAAGCAUUUUAAUAAAUCCUACCUCAGUAGACGUUAACGUUCAUCCAACCAAACGAGAAGUGAGAUUCUUGAACCAAGACGAAAUCUUGGAGGAAAUUGCAUUAAAUGUACAGAGCGAAGUAUCUAAAAUUGACACAUCACGAUCAUUCAAAGCAGCUACAAUAUUAACUGGGCCAACAGUGAACCUACCACAUUCUAAUUUCUCUCAAUCAUCGAAAUCAUCCAAUGAUACACCCAGUCAAAAGGUAUCCGAACGUACUUUAAGAACAAAUACAAACUUCUCUCCACGUUCUUCCCAAAAUUUUAUUCCGACUGCAAAUAAAGUAAAAAAAUAUGAAAAUAAAUUGAAUAGGACAGAUUCUUUCCAAUCGCAAAUCACUUCGUUUCUAAAAUCCAGUCAAAACGAUGAUAAUUCCUUUCAAGCAUCUAAUCCCAUUUUAGAGAAAGAAGAUGGUGCUGAUAUUGGAAUGUUGGAUAACGUAGAAGACUUUGGUGAGGAAAUAGAUCGUACAGCAGACACUGAAAUUGAUCCAAAUAGUAGUAACGCAGCAUUAUUAGAAAGUUCAUUGAUAUUGCCAUUCCAAGACGAUGAUGAUGCUGAUGAUAAUGAUGAUAAUGAUGAUAAUGAUGAUAAUGAUGAUAACGAAAUGAAUGGGGACCAGAUUAAUGACGAAAUGAAUGCAGCUCAGUGCAAUUAUGAAAGUAAGGAAAAGUCAGAUGACAGUGUGGAUGAAGAUGAAGGCAUCUUGAAACAUCAGGUACAAGAAGCAAACGUACAGACCGAGCAUGAAAGGCACCAAGAUUUUGAGAAUAUAGGCGAAGAUCACUUGCAUGCUCAUGGAAAGACAGAAGAACAGCAUGAAGAAGAUGAGGAAGAUGGAAAUUCAUCAAAGGACAUGUACAACGCUGAGGAAUACUUUAAUGAUGGAGUAGAAGAGUCGGAGGAUGAUGAACAAGAAUUACGACCCGAUUUCGAUGAUACGCAUGACGAUUUGGAGGUACAAUUACCGAAAUUAGAAUACGAGAUACUACCAAAAGAACGUGUGGAGGUAUCAUUGACAAGUAUCAAAGAACUUAAAGCCGCAGUAGACAAUUCCGUGAAUGAUGAAUUAACCACUAUUUUUGCAGAUCUUAUAUAUGUUGGGAUUAUUGAUCCUAAUAGAAGAGUGGCAGUGAUCCAACAUGAUGUAAAACUAUUUUUGGUUGAUUAUGGCUCAGUUUGUUUCGAACUAUUUUAUCAAAUCGCACUUACCGAUUUUGCAAAUUUUGGUAGUAUAAAACUCGAUGACAAUGAUAACGAUAAUAACGAUUCUGUGAAAAAUGAAGACUCUCUCCAGUUAAAACGUCUACUUUCUACUAUUGGGUCUAUUAACGAAGAGUCUAUCAAUGCUAUUGUUGAAAAAUUAUGGGAGAUGAGGGAAAUGUUGGAUGAAUACUUCUCUAUUAAAUUGGAGAGCGAUGCUGGUAAGGAAAACCUAGAGUCUAUACGUUUGGUAAGUAUCCCAAUGUUAUUGAAAGAAUACAUCCCUCCUAUUAUAAAAUUACCAUUAUUCAUUUAUAGGCUAGGUACAAAGGUAGACUGGUCCGAAGAACAAACAUGUCUGCAAGGUAUAAUGCAACAACUGGCGCUAUUAUAUAUUCCAGAAAUGAUAGAUCCAUCCCAUGAAUCUGGUGCGAUAGACUGUGAAGAAAAUGAUAUUGAUAGAGUCACGUCAUUGGAUCUUAUGUCAAAACUAUUAGAAACUGUCAUCUUCCCAUGUAUUAAGAGACGAUUAUUAGCCCCAAAAAAUCUAUUAAAAGAUAUUAUAGAGAUUGCAGAUCUACCAGGUUUAUAUAAAGUGUUCGAAAGAUGUUAA